AUGAUACCGACGCCCUGCACCGACUUGUUGACCCAGCCCCAGUUCAGCGAUGUGUACCCCCCGUCUGAGGAUUCUUUCUUGUUUUUGGAUGCUCUCGAAAAAGAUAUCACGUUCUUGACUGACCAUCUAAAACCCGCGGUGGUCAUGGAGAUUGGGUCAGGCUCUGGUGUUAUAUCGACUUUCCUUUCAAAGUUACUCAGAACUCCCACCAUGUUUAUCGGCGUGGAUAUAUCUGAAAAAUCACGCACGGGCGAUAUGAAGCCAGGGAAAUUAUCUCCUAGAGGCGUUCUCUACCUUCUUCUCCUUCGCGAAAAUCAGCCCUCGGAGGUUCAUGAACUUGUUCGCGAAAGCUCAACUGGCCGUCUGUUCAAGGUGGUUUGUCUAAUGAACCGAACUUGCCAUAACGAAAAUCUCGCAGUGUACCGAUACUACGACCCUACUGUGCACAUUCAGAUGCCGGAAAUAUAA